AUGCUUAUUCUUGUUCAUGGGUUGAAACCUCAUAAUCUGAAUGUUCCGCGUGCGGCUGAUUACGCACAAAUCACCAAAGGAUGCUCUUAUGCGGAUUGUGGCGAUGAAUGCCCGUCUGGCUCGACGUCCGUGUUCAAGAAAUACGACAAGUGCUGGUCACAGGGCCAGAACUACGACUAUCCCGAUCCUGUCUCACUGACAGACUGUCACUGGGAAGCCGGCAGCGGGGGUUCAGAUUGUGCAAAUGCCAACUGCGGUGAGACGGAAGUCGAGGUCGAUCGAGCCCAGUAUGGAGACAAGUCAAAAGCGUGCGACUGGGGUCGACAGAAGGCCAUGUGCUGUACGGUUAAAGUGGCUCCGAUCAAAGCAGCCACCUGCAGCGUCGACAUGUGCACUGUAGAACGAGGCUACUGCCCAGCCACCGAUAACGACAUCGGCUCAAGUGGUGAGAGCAAGCGAGAUCUGGCCCUCCUGCCUACCUCUGAAGUCGCCGAGGCAGAGGCAGCACACGCACACGCACACGCGCUGCAGCCCCGUGGCCCCGACAAACAAUACCUGUCUUACGAGAUCGGGAUGACCCUCAUCGGGAUAGGCUAUCCAUCUCUUCGUGAAAUGCUGGCGUACCCGCCCAUCCUACAAGCAGGUCCGCCGGCAGGCUGGAACCUUAAGCGCUUGAGCCGUGGCUACAAGCGUACGACAACAACGAGGUCGAUUUAUUUCGGUAUGGGAUGGUUCGUUACGACGCUGGACGGGUUCUUGGAUUUGAUUGACACCAUGGUCUUUCCGGCUGAUACGCAGCCUUCGAUGCCGAACCCGGACCCGAAUGAUGGGUUUUAG